UUGGAGCUAUUGGCACCUGCAAUUUAAGGUUUGGUGUUGGCGACGCCGAACAACAGUGGAUGACUGCAAUUUUCCGGUGGCGAUGCGCGAUGAAGGAAAUACUUUGACGGCGGUGACAUGAUGUGUAGGGUUUUAUUUUUCUUUUUGGCCUUAGAAGUAAAAAGGGUUAGCGAAGAAGAGAGGGAGGACUGAAGGAGAAAGAAAAUGGGUUUGUCUCAUGUAUUCUAUUCGGGUAGCCAAUUUGAUCCGAUAUGAUUCAUUUUUUAUUUUUUUUGGACAAGUGUCAAGUUUUCAUAGGGCCACAUCAGAAUGGAGGACAAAACUUGUCCUGAUAGGGCAGGAUCCAAGCAUUGCUCCCCACCUUCCGUUCCCUCUUCGAUCUCUCCUGCUACUGCUUGCUAACACUACUAGUCUCAUUUCGUAUAUCCUAUAUAUAUAUAUAUAUAUAUAUAUACACGCCUGUUAGGUUGGCUGAGAAGUAGGAUAUUGAAGAGUAACGAACCUUUCUGCCUAUACUUUUGACACACAGGAAGCAUGAGGGAAAUCGUGACUGUACAAGUUGGAGGUUACGCAAACUUCGUUGGGUCUCACUUCUGGAACUUUCAGGAUGAAUUACUUGGAUUGGCUGAGGACCCCCAUAGUGAUCCAAUCUUCAAAAACCAAUGCGUUGAUAUGGAUGUGAUCUACCGUACUGGUGAAACACAAAAGGGCGUUCUUACGUAUACCCCUCGCUUGGUUUCCGUUGAUCUUCAAGGAUCCCUUGGAUCCAUGAGUUCAAGUGGUACACUGUACAGCGAGUUCUCGCCUCAACCAUCUGAUGUUGUCACAUGGACUGGUAGAGUUUCCACUCAUGAAUCUGAACCUAGAAACAAGAACUUGUUCCUGCAAAGUUUAUACGAGGAAGAGCAAGAGAGAUCGGGAAUGAUGAAUGGUAUCAACAGUGGGAAGAGUGAUUUUCAUAGUCAAUUUCGGAAUAGCGACAUAACUGAAUGUCUAGAAAGUGGUGUUAAAUUUUGGACAGACUAUUCAAAAGUUCACUAUCAUCCCCAGAGUCUAUAUGAAUUAAAGACGGACAAUCAAGAAUUUGACAAUUAUGGACUUGGAAGGGAUGCCUUCAUUGAAGGUCUGCAAGGAGAAGAUCUAAAUGAUAGGCUUCGUUUUUUCUUAGAAGAGUGUGACCAUAUUCAGGGAUUUCAAUUUAUUGUCGAUGACUCAGGAGGAUUUUCUGGUGUAGCUGCAGAAUUUUUGGAGAAUGUUGCAGAUGAAUACACAAACAUCCCUGUCUUGCUCUAUUCUGUCCGAGAUCCUCGCUUUUACAUGACCCCAAGGAGCCGGAAGCAGACAAUCUUGCAGAAUCUUCAUGAUGCUGUUUCAUUUUCAAGACUAUCAUCCUUCUGUAAAUUAUAUGUGCCUGCUGGUUUACCCUCCCUUGGUAGAAGUAACGCUUCUAGGUUUCUCCGCAUAGACGAUAAAAAACCUUACCACUCCAGUGCAGUUUAUGCCUCUGCUUUACACUCUAUUAGUCUCCCUUUUCGAAUGGAACCACUUGGGCCUACUGCAGAGUCAUGCUAUGUAUCUGGUUCUAUAGAUGUGAAUGGAGUGAUUCAAAUGCUCUCUGGCCAAGCUAGGCAGAAUAUGGUUACUAUUCUCGAUGUUGCAAUGCCGGCACCUUCUUUGACUGGAGAACAAACCGAGCAAUAUUUGCUGGGGAAUUUGCAUCCAUUAACCCCAGAGAUAGCAGAAGAUGUGGAAGACGUACAAGCAUUGGAAUUUAUGACCAUUCAUGGAGCUCUUGGAUCAGGACGUCACCGGGCUUUGGUUUCUGAAGUAAAGGACAGAAUUGUAGCUGACUAUGAACAUGCAGUUUCAAGACCCAAGUUCUCUCAUUUGGCUGUGGCUUCUUGUCCUCUCCCAAUACCCUUGCCUUUUCCUUCAAUCUUUGGGAACCUUGUUGGUAAACAAGGCGAGCUGUUAGAAACUCUAAUUUCGGGUAAUCCAUCAAGGGGAUCACUCGACGUCCAUUCCAUCCCCAUAGCAGCAAGGCUACGUUCUAGCAGUGCUGUCUUGCCAUUCGUGGAGAAUAGGUUGGUAAAUCUUCGCAGGUUUGGUAUUCAGCGAGGAGCACCUGGGACUGAAUUGCUCAGGAGUUGGGGUUUCGGGAAGGAGGAACUAGAAGACAUUGGAGAGUCAAUGUCUAAGAUGGUUAAGACACUGGAUCCUUCUUCUCAAGCAUCGUCUGAUUCAGAUUAAGUUUUUGGAUAUGUAUAUAGAUCCAGCUAACUUCAUGUGUCUGUACUAACAAAAAAAAAAAAGAGGAACGAGGACAAAAGAAAAGAAAAAGAAAAAGAACGAAAGAAAUGUAAAAAAGCAGCAGCGCCGGGACAUCUUCUGUAUUUCUUUUAUCAACUUUUCUCACCUGGGUUGGGUUGUUAAAUUUUCUCUACUUUCAGAGGUGUAUACAUUUUUUUUUUUCCUUCUUUUCCCCCUA